AUGUUUAUGCACGUGGAUGGCCUCAUGGCGAUCUUCUUCGAAAGCUUGACAGUGGAUACUCUCAGCAGUCUACUAUCUAUUCGUCACGUGCAUCGAGAAAAGCGGUCACGCGUUGGCGACGACGAACUAACAGAGAGCAAAGUAAGUAGACAACCGAUUGGCUUCGCCAAGAACAAUGGAAUCGUACAGAAGGACGCCAAAGUGCCCAAAGCGCACUCAAUCGACUUCUACGUGCCGAUAUUUUCGAUGUUCCAAUUCUUUUUCUAUGUUGGAUGGCUCAAAGUGGCUGAAUCAAUUAUCUGCUCUUUUGGAGAAGACGAUGACGACUUUGAUCUGAACUGUAACUGCUUGAUUUCUUGCAUUGGAUCAGAAGAUGAACUUUGGCGAAGUAGAAAAAGUCAUUUGGUCUCCGAUGCUGACAAGGAUGACGCUGCAAGUGAAGGCUAA